AUGGAAUCCCUCCACACUUCCAUCAUUCCACACUCGAGUGGAUGGACCUUUGCCAUGAUAACUCUCCCAUUGCUUGUUCCAUUACUCUUCCUCUCUCUAUUGCUUCUCUUCAUCCUUGAGAGGUAUCUCACCUACAGAAAAUUAUGUCAAAAGUACUCUCAUUUACCAGGAUACACUCAAUUCUGUCCUCCCGUUGUGGCCUCUUGGUUGCCUUCCUUUCUGUUGCCACAUGGAACUCUUACCAAUCCCACUGGAUACUUUUUAAUGGAAAAGAUCAAACAAAGUAUGAAAGAAUUUAAAACUGAUUAUUAUAAGGUGAUUAUUUUCACAACUCCCAUGGUGGUGAUUUCAAAUCCAGAAAUGGGAAAGGAAAUUUCUUUGAAAGGAACGAAAAUGUAUCGAAAGAAACCUCAUUCGAAAAGAAGUUUUAUUGAAUUGUUUAAUGGAAGUAAUGUGUUUGCUGAAGAUGAGCAUGCAGCUUGGGCUCAUCAAAGACACUUGAUUGAACCAGGAUUUUCACCAGAGAGUUUGAAAAUGGUGUCACACGUCACAAGUGAAUGCAUUCAACAAGAAAUGAUUCCACAUUUGAAUGCAAAUUUGGAGAAGAGAGAUGUCAUGUCUGAUUUUGCGAAACUCACCAUGAAUGUGAUAGGAAGUGCUGGUUUUUCUUAUAAUUUUGAUAGUUUUUGUAUGACUGCUCAAUCUCCAAAAUUUGGAACAAAAAACAAACUUUUUCCUUCAUUAUAUCGACACUUUGAGAUUAUUGCCCACUCGAUUCUUGAGACAGCAUUUGAAAAUAUUAUUCAACAUCGAGAACAACAAGACGAAAAUGGUCAAGAAGAGGACGACAAGUCAGACAUUCUUUCCUUGUUAUUGAGAGAACGUAAAAUUUCAGGAAAACAAGGAGGAGGCUCCUUGACCGAUUCUGAAUUGGUUUCUAAUGCCUUCAUCUUGUUAGUAGCUGGACACGAAACCACAGCAAGAACACUUGGAUUUGCCUUGUACUUGUUAUGUAAGAAUCCUCAUAUUCAACAAGAAUUGCAUCACUUUGUGGAUCGAUUUUGUGAAGAGAAUCAGAAAGAGACCUUUGACUAUGAGGAUUUCACAUCAGGUCGUUUGGACUAUUUGAAAGCUGUGUUUAAGGAAACCCUUCGAUUGUAUCCGGUCGCUAUGGGUGUCAUUCGUGAAUGUGUGAAAUCCUUCGAAUGGAAGAAGCAGAACAUUCCAAAAGGCUCAUUGGUGUUUUAUUCAUGGAUCAUGUCCAUGUCGAGUGAGGAGUAUUGGGAAGAACCUGAACAAUUUAAACCCAUUCGAUUCUUAAAGAAAGAAAACAAUCAUCACGAUGAAAAGGAUCCAACGAAGGGAACCGUUUAUAAUCCACAGAGUAAUCCAUUUGUUUAUACACCUUUCGGUAUUGGUGGAAGAAUUUGUAUUGGAAAACAUUUUGCCGAAGUGGAAGGAAUUAUUGCAUUGGCCUACCUUGCAAGAAAUUACAGUUUCAAAUUGUCAGAUCCCAACUAUCAAUUAGAGGUCGAUAUGAGAGUCACUUUGAGACCGAUGGAACCAAUCUUGGUCGAUUUCAUCCCAAGAAGAAGAUAA